AUGGCAAAGAAAAAACCCCCCAAACAGCCGGUCCCUGCCCGGAAAUCUCCAUCCCCCCCUCCGUUGAAGGUCUAUGUUCCCCCAAUUGAAGAUCCGGUGCCUGAGUUUGACCCAGCCACUGUGCUUGAUUUACCAAGCGUUUCUCUUGGAAACACAGACUGUGAAGUCCCUCUAUCCCCGUCCCUGUCCACUGAGCUUGAUAUUCAUCCCACUCUGGUCUCUGACGCGGAACCCCCAUUUUCUGAAACCCUAGCUACAGUGUCCUGUGAUGUCCCUGUAGUUAAAGAAGGUUCCACCGUCCUCGCUGUCCAAGCUAGUGCGGAAAAGGUUGCAAUUGUCUCCUCAUCUGUCCCCGAGCAGUCUAACUCUCCGGUCACUUCCUCUGCUCCUGACCUGACGAAAGCUCCGUCUUCCUCUGUUGAGCAGGCUAAGUCACCAGCCGAAAUAUGGAAGGGCUUUGUCAAACCCACGCAAAUUAAACUUCAACCGAAAGAAACACCCUUUCUACUGGAAUCUGGCGAAUCUUGUGUUACUAUCCCGAACUCGGUGGUGGAGAAGAACAAGAAAGCUUGGGAAUACUUCAUUAUUGGUCAAUUCUACGAAGAAGCCCCGGCUCGAGGUGCUGUACAUGCCAUUGCAAAUGUUAUUUGGAGAAAUCAGAGAAGGGACAUUUCAGUAUCCAAAAUGGAAGGGAACUCUUUCCUAUUUCGUGUGCCUUGUCCUAACGCUCGACGCAGGAUACUCAGACAAAAUUUCUGGCAGAUAGAUGGCCAAACAAUGUUUGUUGCCAAAUGGGCUCCGGGCUUGCAGCAAGUAAAGCCGGAACUUGAAAUGGUGCCUGUGUGGCUGGAGUUCACGGGAGUUCCGCUCCAGUUUUUCAACAGUGAGGCUCUCCAAGAGAUUGCAUGCAUAGUGGGUCACCCAGUCUGCUUGCAUCCUUCGACAGAGAAUCUCACAAACAUUGAAGUAGCGAAAGUCUAUACAGUCAUUGACCCUAGGAAGCCUCUCCCUGCCUUUGUUAAUGCGAGAUUCCAAAAUGGUGAUACUAGGAGAAUAGCUGUAACGAGCCCUUGGCUGCCCUCUCAAUGCACCUUUUGUAAUAAGCUAGGUCACACCAUCUCACGCUGCAAAGCUGCUCCGAGAACCUGUGCUGCUUGCAACUCAGUUAGGCAUACCACUGAAAAUAUCCCGCGAGGUCUUAACUUGCCCCCGAAGGAUAAAGGGAAGGCCCCUAUAAAGAAUCUGCUGCCUAUUGUUUCCCGGAACAAGAGAGAGUCUUCUCCUAAGCAGGUGUAUAAGGAAAUACAGAAGAAAACAAAUGUUCCUUCUCAUUCUGUAUUAGUGCGGGAUUCCGUCGCUAAUGCAGCAGCCGUGUUUAAGGAAGCCGAAACAAAUGAAGGUCCCUCUUUGGUUUCGAAUUACGGGGUUACGGUUGCCACAGUUCACGAUCUCAAUAAAGGCCAACUCUAUGUUGAUCUCUCAGGAUCUCCGGGCCACUCUCUCAUCGCCUCAUCAUCCUCUGGUGAAUCAUCCGCGGAACUGGACUCUAUUUCUGGUGAUGAGGACAACCCAGGGGAUUCCCAGGAUGAAUUCAUAGAAGUCAUCUCUAAGCGCUCUAAGAAGCAACUAAAGGAUAAGGAAAAGUCAAGAGCUAGGCGGAGAGGUUUUAGAAAAUGGUUCAAAAAACACAAACCUAUAUUCGGUGGUCUCAUUGAGACGCAUGUACAGCCGGCUAAAGCGUCGACUAUAGUAUCUCGUACACUUCCGGGUUGGUCUUUUGCUAAUAACUAUGAGUUCUCUGAUCUUGGGAAGAUAUGGCUUCUAUGGCACCCUUCGGUUCAUGUCGAAGUCAUCUCGAAAUCUCUACAAGUUGUUACUUCUCGGGUUAAGCUGCCAUCGCUCAACUCCGAGUUUAUUGUCUCGCUGGUCUACGGCUCUAACUGUGCUAUUGAAAGGCGUCAGUUAUGGUUGGAAAUUGAAGCUACUGCUAAUAAUCCUGCUAUUGCGUGUUCUCCUUGGCUCAUUCUUGGUGAUUUCAAUGAAAUCAUUGCUACUUCUGAGCAUUCAAAUGAAGCAAACAUUGCCAUAAAUAGAGGAAUGCGUGAAUUUAGGGAAUGUCUCAUCCGCUGUGAUCUUUCAGACCUUCCCUACCGUGGAAAUUCUUUCACUUGGACGAACAAACAUGUUUCUAAGAAGCUGGACAGGAUUCUGGUCAAUGACACUUGGCUGCAAACCUUCCCCGACUCCCUGGCUGUCUUUGGAAAACUGGGAAUUUCUGACCACACUCCCUCGUGCCUCUUCAUGGAUCAGUUUAGGCCCAAGCAGAAGCGUCCGUUCAAAUUUUUUUCUCACCUAAACCAGCACCCGGAGUUCUCAGAUAUCAUAAGGGGUUGUUGGCAUGGUUUGGCUUUCUCUGGCUCUCGUCAGUUAGCUAUCUUCAAGAAGCUUAAAGAGCUAAAGCCGGUCAUCAGAUCUUUUGCUAAAGAAAAUUAUUCAAAUCUGGAGAAACGAGUGGUGGAGGCUUUUGAUAAUCUCUCUCAUUGUCAACAACUCACUCUUUCUUCCCCCUCUCCUUCGGCUGCUACAGCAGAAGAGGAAGCUCACCGUAAAUGGUUUGCGUUAGCCAAAGCAGAAGACUCUUUUCUCAGACAGCGUUCAAGAAUUCAAUGGACGUCCUUCGGAGAUGCAAGCACAGCUUUCUACCAUAGGUCUAUAAGGACUAGAAGGGACCAGAACCAAAUUGAUUUCUUCAUUGAUAACGAUGAUAAUAUCAUUGACUCCCUGGACGGCAUUAAGGCGCAUGCUGUGUCGUACUUCAGCGUGCUUUUGGGUGGCUCUGUUAAUCACACAUCCUCUUCGCCCCAAAUCAUCUCAGACAUUGUCCCCUUCAGGUGUUCACAAGAAUCCGAAAAUGUGCUAAACAGUCUCUUCACCGCCUCAGAUAUUCAACAGGCCUUCCUCUCCCUCCCAAAGAGUAAGGCUCCGGGUCCGGAUGGUUACCCAGGAGAAUUUUUUCAAGCAAAUUGGGCUGCAGUGGGUAAGGGUAUGAUUGAUGGGGUCAAUGAGUUUUUCGCCACAGGAUGUCUCCUUAAGCAAUGGAACGCAACCAUCAUCUCACUAGUGCCUAAGAAGACGAAUGCCUCACGUAUCUCUGAUUUCAGGCCAAUAUCUUGCUGCAACUCAGUUUAUAAGGUCAUCUCUAAGCUUUUAGCUAAUAAGCUAAAAAUGGUUUUGCCGCAGAUUAUAUCAAACGUGCAAUCAGCUUUCAUCCCGGGCAGAUUAUUGGUGGAAAAUGUUCUCCUGGCUACUGAAUUGGUUCAAGGAUACAACUGGAAAUCCAUAUCGAAGCGGUGUAUGCUUAAAAUUGAUCUCAAGAAGGCCUUCGAUACUCUACUGAACUCAAAAUAUGCUGAUGGUUCGAUUGGCCACCAUCCAAACGCGGUCAACCCAUGUGUCUCUCACCUCGCCUUUGCUGAUGACAUUAUGGUAUUCUUUGAUGGUGAGCGGUCUUCCCUGCAAAACAUCUCCAACACGUUUGAUAUAUUCUCGGGAUGGUCUGGCCUUGAAUUGAACAGGAUGAAAACAGAGCUUUAUACUGCAGGCUUGACUCAGAAUGAAACCUCCGAACUCUCAGAUCUUGGCUUCACUCUAGGGUCUCUACCAGUUCGUUAUCUCGGGCUACCUCUUAUGCAUCGUAAGCUGCGGCUGGAAGACUACAGAUCACUCAUUGACAAGAUUACCGGCUGCUUCUCUUCAUGGUCUAACAGAGCGCUUUCUUACGCUGGGCGAAGAGAACUGAUAUCUUCAGUUAUCUAUGGUAUUGUAAAUUUCUAG